UUUUUGUAAUACAAUUAUUGAAGCCAGGUGUCCUUCGUUCUUAACCUCGACUUCAACCUCAACUUCAACCUCGACUUCGACUUCUUCCUCCAUUUCAUCUUAAUUCUCUCAGUUGACCUAUUUAAUUAGGAUACUCCUCUCCUCUCGUUCGUUAUUGUCCUGUCAUCGAUAUUUCUUAUUAGCCUUUACUGCAUUUCAGAUACUUAAACAGGACAGAGAAUCUCAUAUAUAAAAGUACAAUGGAAGGGAGUAUAAUAGCCAAGGCAUUAAACGAGGGCCAGGGCGCUAACCGCUACAAGUAUCAAAGCUUUAGCGCCCGAGUAAAUCAUCUCAAGAUCAGGAUUACUCGUCAAGUAGGCUUGAAAGAGAAUGGGUCUGUCGCCACUGGGUCAUUCUUCAACGAUGCGCUUGAGGAGUGGAAAGAGCUUAAUCUUUCCGCACCAUUCGUACGUUUCGGGCUGGAAGUCAGGAAUUACUGUCAGACAUUGCCUCAGUUACUAUAUCACAAGGACCAAAUAGUCGAUCUCUUGAUCAGGAAUCUGAAUGAGAGGAAUGUUUUGACAUUGGAGCCCAUUUUAGAUCUCAUUACACAGUUAUCAAGGGAUCUGGAUGAAGAGCUCUUCCCUUAUUUUGAUCGGAUAUUGGGGGCAAUUUUGCCGUUGGUCGAGUACAAAGAUGUUAAAGUGAUUGAGUGGGCGUUCAACUGUAUAGCAUCUCUUUUCAAAAAAUACUCCAGACAGCUCCGGACAGACCUACGGGCAACAUUUAAACUUCUUGCUCCAUAUCUUGGGGAGGACAAUGCACAAAAACCAUAUAUUCGCAACUUUGCCGCAGAAUCGUUUUCAUACUUGAUCCGAAAAGCACCUGUAAACCAUCUUAAUGUAAUUUUGACCUACAUUUUCUCCCAGUUGCACGAGUCCCCUACCGAAAACUUUGUUGAGGGGGUUGCCAAACUUCUUUUUGAGACUAUCAAGCUUGUUGGCAAUCAAUUUCAACAUCGCGGAGUGGAUGUGGUCCUCAGAGAGGCCAUCCAUAUAUUAAAGCGGGAACCAGGUGUAAUACUCACUGAAAAGAGCAUGAGUGAGAAUUCGACUUUUAGAGCGCUAUGCAAAACACUUGUCCUUAUGGUCCAUUACUCAACUAAAGAGCACUUUAAGAGCGUCUGUGAAAUGCUCCUCGCCGAGCUUACCGCAAGUAUUGAUAUGAAUGUUAGCAUUGAGGAUACAGAAAGGAGGUGGCUCAACAUUGCAGAGUGUUUAGCUCUUCUUAAUUCAUGUGUUUCAGUCAGAAAAGGGAGUCGCAUUGAUGACUUUGUCAAGAUUUACGAGAAGACCAUCAAGGUAUCGUCCCUGACCCUGGCAGCUGAUUCGGGAGCACCAUCACUAGUCGUACAGGAGCUGAUGAAGCUUUCAAGCGCCCUGCUAGCGUUUUCACCCUUGGAGAGUAUUCUCUUUCCCGGUGGGCUUCUGUUGGAUUCAAUUUAUAAACACAAGGAUGUCUCGACAGUUUUGGCGUUUUCUAUUUCACUGAUCAAUCUUAAGUGGACCCAUUACACUCAAUUUCUGCUACCACAUGUCGUCAGAUAUUGUGCUACACAUUGGGAGCCCCAGUAUUCAUGUCAGAUCAUACUCUUCUUGGCGACAUUGUUGACAUCGGAGGUGUUAGUUCUUAAUCCAGGAAUGAUUGCAGCUACUGUUGAUGAGGCUGGACUGCUUAAAUUCCCCAUGAACCGCGCAUUAUCUGCCAAUACCGAUAAUAAGAAGUUCAAUGCCACCAAAGCUUCUAAGGGUGAGCCAGAGCGUAUUACAGACGGAAUCCUUCGAAUAUUGUCAGAGCAAUGGGAUUGGAAAUCGGAAGCUGAGCUAUUGAGUCAUGUAACCUUGGAUAAGGAUGAAAGCUUAGGUAAUAUGAACACUGUAGUUCCCCGCAUAGCCCUCGUCGCUGCCGCCUUGACGGUAGUGCCUCAUGUUUCUAUACCCUUCAAUACAACCACCAACGCGAUCCUGGGGUUAUUACAUUCACUAUUGGAGUGCCUUUCCAAAGAAAAUCAGACUAUUGUAUUACAGAAACGCGCGUUUGUACAAGGAUCGGUCAUGGCAACUCUCCACAUCCUCCUUGGAGAGACGGUUGAAAUCUUGACAGUCAUCUGUGAGCGUGCAGGCGAGGCUGGCGGUAAGCUAUUGGCAGGACUUUGGGACGUGAUGAUCAAGGAUGUCCUAUACAAUUAUGGCUCGAAUGAGAUUGUUCUCAGAGGGAUAGCGAAGUAUUGCACAAUUCUUAAAGAGAGUAAUUUUUUUAACGAUCUUUUCUCGGUUGGGAUUCUACAGGAGCUUUACCCAAAGUUGGAAAAAAACAUCAAUUCGCUACAGCACCGGCGUCGACUUCAUACACUUCAGAUCCUAUCAACUUUUGAGAUUGUUUUGUUUGGUGAAGGAAGUGAUAAGAUACUUCAGAACCACAUAUUUUCACAGUGUUUGGCGAUUGAGGAAAUAGAAGUCUCUGUUGAGAACUAUAGAGACAAGACCAUGCAGAUCCGUAGGCUCAAUACUAUGGUUUCUUCUGGGAAACUCGAUGAAUUUUACAAAACUGUACCCAUGCGCCUCUGUCUUGGUAUUUUGACCAUCAAUUUCCAACCCCUUUGGGCAGAUGCUACUGUCCUUCUCAUCAAGACAGCAGAGCUUUAUCCAGAGACUUUCUGGUUUUUGCUCUUUGGGGAGAUUAAGCGCUUUGAGGAUGAAGCUCUUUUAGUUGAGAGCGGCCUUUCAGCUCAGGUUAUUGCCGAUUAUCGCAACAUUCAGGAUUCAAAAGGCUUGAGCAAGAAGAAGGACUCUAGCUUUGACUGUUUUAAUUUGAGAAAAGUUCAACGUGCGAACGAAUAUGCAUUCGAGAUUACAGAUUCUACAAAGUUAAAUAUGAGUCUAGUCAUGCACUUCAUAAAAAUCUAUGCCCCUGGCAUCGAUAGACUCGAUUACUGGAAUUACUAUGGACUUAUCUUGAAGGUUUUUGCCGAGGUUCCUCAGAUUGCAGAGAUGCAUAACCGCCACUUAGUCCAGGUUUUUUUCAAGUUCAUUCAAGACGAGUACGAGCCAGUUUGGAAUCGCAAGGACGAGCAUGAUAUUAAUGAAGAAGAGCAGUCGACGGAUGAAGACGCGAUUGGCAUGAUGAAAGUACUUCCUAAAACUCCGAAGAGUACCAAGGAUCGUCUGCACUUGUUUUUGGCUCUUUUCGCCAAAUUUAAGAACCCGAAGCAGACCUAUGAGAGCAAUAAGCUUUAUGAGCUGUAUCUUCGCCUCUUGACAAUUGGUGAUGCCCCUCUUCAGACUUUAGCACUUAAUUGUCUGUUUACUUUCAAGUCCCCUGCCUUGGUUCCCUAUCAGGACAACCUCAAGAAUAUACUGGAUGAAGUCAAAUUCCGAGAUGAGCUUUCGACUUUUAUCAUUGCAGAGGGUGAGACUUCCAGUAUUGGCACUUUGCACCGUGACGAAGUCAUGCCCAUCAUUAUCCGACUCCUGUAUGGAUGUAUGAUUGCCAGGAAAGGCAAGGGUUCUGCCAAAGCGGGUAUGUCUGCUCGCAGAAAGGCUGUCUUGACUGCUUUAGGAGGAUGUAACACCAAGGAGAUCGGAUUUUUCAUCUCACUUAUGUUAAGCCCAUUUGAUAUUGGGACUGCGGGCAUCCAGGGAAAGGAGUUUGUGUUUUCUCAAGAUACUUCUGUAGACCGUAGUCCUGUGGGACAUAUUCGCAAACAGAUUGGUUUCCUCAACAUUUUGGAGGAUGUGGUCAAGAUGCUUGGAGCCAUCAUAGCUCCCUUUAUUCCGCAAUUAUUAACAGCGGUCCUCUGCAUGGUCCAUCAGGCUCAGGAGCGAAUGGACAUGGAUAUGGGAGAGCAAGCCAUGUUAGGAAUGGAGGAAGGCGUGAUUGAAACCCUUCAAAUUAAGCAGCUUCGAGAAGUUCGACAGCUUGGUAUUAAGCGAAUUACCAAAAUUUUUAGUUUACCGAUCUCGACCUUCGACUUCGAACCCUACAUUCCCGCCAUGUAUGACUCUUUCUUGAACAGGCGCGUAGGACAAUUGGAUACUGAGAGUACACAGGCACCGUCUGCCAUUAUGGAGCUCUUCGCUACCUGGGCGAGCCGCAAAGAAUAUGUACUGUUUUUGGUCAAUCACAACAACCAAGUGGUUGAGAAGAUAUACAGCUGCUUAUCGGCCAAGAAGGUCCGAGACUCUGUCAUCUCAAUGGUGCUUGAGAUCAUUGAAGACAUCUUGAGUCAUUGUUACGAAGAGAAGGAUCGGACUGAAAAACCUUUGACAACGAGGGUUCUGAUUCCAUAUACGGAUACGCUCCUCAACAAUCUUGAGAUUAUUUUGACCAAGAAUAGUGGAGAUGCAAAAUUCGGCAAGGAUAUGUUUACGAAGCGUGAGAUCUCAAUUUUAUCCCAAAUCGCAGCAUAUAUAAAGGAUGGAGCACAGGCUGUCAAAUUGAUUGACCUUUUAUUGCCAAGUCUCAAGAAGAACCACAGGGUUGUUCCUGAGAAGACUAAGGCAGACAUACUGCGUAUCAUUGUCAACUUUUUACCUACCGUUCCCAAUAUUUCGGCCGAGAGCUCAUUGUUCAUCAAGUAUUUCAAUCAUUUGAUGAUGCUAUUCUCGACUUUGAUGGCACGGGACUGCCGCGUCCUGUUGGUCGACAUCAUGGCUGAGUUUGCCAAGAUCGACCCUUCACUCCAGUCUACUUCAUCUUUGGUAGCGGAGCUGAAUGCUUUCUCGACAGUGCGCAUGGAGACCCCCGAUUUCGAUAGGAGGAUGGAUGCAUUCAACCUGUUGACCAACUCACUUUACAAGGAACUCAAUGGCCGUCAGUGGCUUCCUGUACUUCAUAAUAUGUUAUUCUUCAUCCGUGACCCCGAGGAGAUGUCUAUCCGCAGUAACUCUACGUUUGCGCUCACAAGGUUCAUUGACCAAUGCGCAGACUUACCUGCGGAGGACCCUGAAUAUAGUGCCUUCCGUGGUUUACUGACUCAUGUGAUUUAUCCAGGACUCAAAAAAGGUUUCAAGUCACCGAUCGAGCUAAUUCGAUACGAAUUUGUGGCAGUCUUGGCUCAUGCUGUGAAAAAAUGCCCGGACCAAGUCCAAUUCUCAGAUAUGACCCCGCUGCUGGUAGGCGGCGAUGAAGAGGCUUCGUUCUUUACCAAUAUCUAUCACAUUCAACUUCAUCGCCGCAUCCGUGCUCUGAGCCGCUUCUCUGAGGAGUGCGCUAAAGGGUCCUUCCGUCCAGCAACUUUAACGCAGAUUUUUGCACCCUUGAUUGCUCAUUUCAUAUUUGAAUCCGACAAGAGUAGUGACCAUAAUUUGGUGAAUGAGACUGUCGCAACGCUGGGCAUCAUUGCUUCACAGCUGCCAUGGGGUCCAUAUUAUUCGCUGCUGAAAAGUUAUCUCAAAUUAAUUCCUCGCAAAGCAGAGAUGGAGAAGAUUUUAGUACGCACAGUAAUCGCUAUUUUGGAUAAUUUCCAUUUCAAUAUCAAGAACAUUGAAGUUUUGCCUGAAGAUUCUGUUGCGAUUGUCCGAAAAAAGGCUCAUGCCAGCAAACCAAAGACCGUUCGGAGGAAGGAUAGAGAGGAGGAUGAUAGUCCAGAUGUAGAGGGUUCCAAUCUAAGAGACCGCGGGGAAGGCGAUAUUGAAAUAGAUGAAUCUCCUACACAAGAUAUCAUUAACAAAACUGAAAAGACGCAGGAACAGAGAGUCGUUGGUGUGGAAGAUGAGGCUAUGGAGCAAGCUGAGAAAUAUAACGAAGACGAUGAAGCUAAUGAGGACGAUGAAGCUAGCGAUGACGAAGAAGAUCAGCAGGAUAAAGAUGCCAUGGAUAUUGAGCUGUCUCCUGAAGUGGCCGCAGUGGCUCUCGCUACAAGGAUUCAUGACACAGUCAUUAAAAAGUUACUUCCAGAGCUUCAUCGAUACCUCACCAACAAGGACGAGGCGAGCGUGAUGAUUCGCGUCCCAGUCGCACUAGCCAUCACGAAACUUCUGAAGGCUCUCCCUGACGUUUCCCUCCGUACAAACCUGCCAGGCCUACUGACCUCGGUCUGCCAGAUUCUCAAGAGUCGUCAACAGGAAGCUCGCGAUAGUACUCGAGAGACGUUGAUCAAGAUAACCAUGUUCCUUGGUGCCAGUUAUUUCAGCUUUAUUCUUAAAGAGAUGAGAGGCGCUUUGCUACGAGGUUAUCAGUUGCAUGUCUUGGGAUUUACACUCCAUGCCAUGUUAGCACAGUUGGUGCCGACAUUGGAGGUGGGUGAGCUCGAUUACUGUCUCAAAGAUAUUGUUGAUGUACUUAUCAACGAUAUCUUUGGUGAGACUGGUAAUGAAAAAGAUACAGAAGAGAUUACUGGUAAAAUGAAAGAAGCCAAAAGCAAUCUUAGCUUCCAUUCAUUUGAACUUAUUUCGGGGAUUAUCAAGUUCAAGAACAUGGGCGUGAUCAUGAUUCCGCUCAAGGAUCUUCUAACAGAGACUGAGGCGGUCAAGGUGAUGCGAAAGGUGGACGAGGUUAUGAGACGGCUAGCCUCAGGUCUGAACAACAAUCCGCGGUUUGAGACUAAGGAGGUGUUAAUCUUUUGUCACGGUUUGAUAUCCCAAAAUUUAGCCAUCUCGAAGACUAAAGAUGAGAUCAAAAGAGAGAGGUCGCGUCUAGAAAUCAAUUUUACAGUUGAUACAAAGAGACCCAGCCAGGUUACAACGGACUGCUUCCCAGCCAAUGCUCAUCGGUUCGUUGCAUUUGGCCUCAACAUAUUCAGAGCGUCGCUAUCUCGCAACAAGUUUGAUGUUCGAUCAACAGAGGAGCUAGCUCUUCUAGACCCUUUUGUUGAGAUUGUUGGAAAUGGUGUGUUUGCCAAAUACCCAGAGGUGAUCCAACAGUCACUCAAGAUUAUGUGCAUCCUCUCUAAGCUCAAAUUACCGUCACUCGAAAAAAACCUGCCUGUGGUGAUUAAACACACUUUCAGCCUCAUCAAAACUCAAGCUUCCACCAAGUCUGAACUUACUCAAUCCUGUUUUAAGAUGCUGGCAGUAGCGAUUCGCGAAUGCAAGAAAGUUACUAUAAAAGAGGAGCAACUUACCAUGCUCUUAAAAAUGAUUCAGCCCGACCUUGAGGAGCCAGAGCGUCAGACUACUACUUUUUCGUUGAUCCGCGCGAUUGUCUCGCGUCAAUUCGUAGUUCCAGAAAUGUAUGAUAUCAUGAUGAGCAUUUCCGAGAUCAUGGUCACGUCCCAAUCCCAGCAAGCUCGUGAGGAGUGUCGUCGAGCUUUACUUCAGUUUUUGCUGGAUUACCCUCAAGGCCGUGGUCGUCUUCGUAAUCAGAUGAAUUUCUUAGUCAAGAACUUGAGCUAUGUCUUCGAGAGCGGCCGUCAAUCCGUAAUGGAGAUAAUGCAUGUUAUCAUCCAAAAGUUUGCAGACGAAGUUCUAAUGGAUUAUGUAGAGCUCUUCUUCUUGGCUCUAGUCAUGCAACUUGUUAAUGAUGAUUCCAGUAAGUGUCGGGAGAUGGCAGGAGUACUGCUCAAGGAGCUUUUUAAGCGAAUGAAUCGUCAGAAACUGGAUAACAGCUACAUUCUUCUUGAAAAGUGGUUCGAUCAGACAGAGCAGCGUAGUCUGCAGCGUGCAGCUUGUCAAGUGUACGGACUUGCGAUCGAGGCUUUUGGCCCUAUGUUCAAGAAACAAGUUCCAGGUUUACUUCCUCGAUUGAAAUUUGCGCUUGAAUCUAGUCUGCAGAUCAUGGAGGAGGCUCAGGAGCUGGCCGCGCAGGUCGACAAGUAUGAGGAUCAAGACCAUGAUACCAUGGAUUUAGAUGCAGAAUGGGAAGUUGGUUACUAUGCUCUGAACACAUUUACGAAACUGGUCAAACAGUUCCCAGCAGUCAUUAACUCAGCUGAAGCGACAACCCUUUGGCCCUUAAUUCGAGAACACAUGUUGCACCCACAUGCUUGGGUCCGUCUCUCAGCCACACGCUUAUUUGGCGUUUUCUUUUCUGGAAUCGAUCCAGUGACUCGGUCUCCUUUGGAUAAAUCCACUUCAGAUUUGAUACUGUCGCUAGAAAUGCUCAAGUCAGUAGCACAGAAGCUGUGCGAGCAGCUAAAGAGCGAAUUUUUAUCCAAAGACCUGGGAGGACAGAUUGUCAAGAAUUUGUUCUUUAUUGCCAAAUGCUUUUAUGCCCUCCCGGAUGAGCUUGAGGCUGAUGAGGAGAUAGAUGAGGAUGAGGAAGUUGGGGAAGGAGAAGAGAGCGAAGAGGAAGAAGGGGAGGAGAAUAAGGCUGAAAUUGAAGGAGCUAUGCUACCUGUUAAGCGUUUGUUGUAUUGGCUAGUCAAGCGAUUGUCCUUUCUUUCCCGUGGAGCAGCCAUCAAGAAGAGUGUCAACCGCUCAACAAUUCAACAGACGUGUAUUUUCCAAUGCAUGGCCGCUAUUACAACCCACAUCCAUACUAAGGAUUUGAAGGCUUAUCUGGUUCCUAUUAUUUCACCGAUCUAUCGUAUUGUGAACGACGAGACUGCCAAGGGUUCUGAAGUUGAAGAGCUCAAGAAGCUUGGAGCCGAAGUGUUGGAUUUGGUGCAAAAGCGUGCAGGCACAACGGAUUAUUUUAUGGCAUAUAACAGAAUUCGCCAGCAUGUGCUGAAUGUCCGCCGAGAGCGCAAGCAACAGCGUGCCAUCCAAGCUAUGAAUGACCCGGUGGCUCGUGCUCGGCGCCGUAUCCAGAAGAACGAGAUGAAGUCCCGUAAACGACAGCUCAAGACUAAAGAAUUUGCUAAAGACAAAGUUCGCCUUACCACCAUUAAGAAGCGUAGACUUGCUUAGAGGAGAAUGGAUAGUCUUUUAGUUUGCUUUCCACAUAUAAUAUCAGCAUAUUAGAAGAGUAGUACAGAAUCGAUUUAAUAAAGGACGGCCCGAUCUUGC